CCUUCGGCCGCCUCGCAAGCUGGGGCCUCAACAGGCCAAGUGUUCCAGCUCUCGCUCGUAACGGCAACUCCUUUUGGAAUCGUCUCAAAUCAAGGCCGUCGUCGAAUUCUUUGAUCCUCUAGGAGGAUUUAGUAUGCUUUUGCUGGAGUGUGGGCCUUUGGGCGUGUUCUCGUCCGAGAUAAAUAGAGCAUCCCUGGCGCAGUUCAUGACCAUCAAUCAACAGCAGCAUCAUCACCAUCUUCUCCGCAUUCAGCUCUUCAGCUCAUCACUCCUUUCACACCAAACCAAACUUUUUACACAAAGCACUGACUCAAACACCAAAUUACUAAAAUGGUCUCUAUGAAGUUCACCGCGGCUGCUGUCCUCAGCAUGCUGCUCGCACCCGUCCUGGCCCUCAGCCCCGAGGUGAUGGAGCGCCAGAUCGAGGAGCGGCAGGCGGCGGACCCGCAGAACAUGGCCGGGGCCGGCAACGGCGCCGGGUCGCAGUUCAUCGGCGGCGCCUGCAAGUCGUCGGCCGACUGCGACGUCGCCGCCAGCCGUGGACCCCCGGCCACGUGCGCCCGCCUCGCCGGCCGCACCGACAUUGGCCAGUGCUCGGGCAUCUGCGUCAGCUUCGCCGCCCCCAAGGCCGGCGCCGGCUUCGGCGACUCCUCGCCCCCCACGGUCCCCGCGUCCGCCAACUGCCCUGGCGAGCAGGCCAAGAUCAACGCCGCUUUCGGCAAGAAAAAGUUCUAAACAGCGCCCGAACUCGGGCUGUUGUCCCUCGCUUGAUCGGCGGGUGUUGCUACUAUCAUCGCAGCUACCCCCUGCCGCUCCCUUCGUUCGUCUCUGCAGACCGCAUUUUUGCUUAAGUAGAACUAGUCGCUACUCACCCAGAGGAACAAGAACCCUGCUUGCAUCUCUCGCCAUCGUCGUGGCUCUAGAGCGCUAGAUAGACCCUAGGUCGCACUCGAAAACCCCACGCUCGCUUCGUCCUGUAUAGUGUAUCAUCCAUCUGUCAUUAUCAUAUAUACCAUUAGACUGUUAGUAGCGUAUAUCACUCGCCUCUCGCUUAUAGACGUGAUAGCAAUUUAUACCACAUUUACUCUCUUUAA